UCGAGUGCACACCCAUAUGGGGUUCUCUCUCAGAAGAAUUUGUAGACAUUUGAAAACAGGUGCAUAUCUGAAACAUAACACAAUUUCCAUGUAGGGUUUAAGACUUUUGUUCCAGUGCAUGAGACGAGCUGUGUUCCAGUUCUGCUGGAGUCUGCAGACCGCUGUAUGUCUCUGAGGGUUCUACAGCUGGCAGAGGAUCUAAAGGAUAUCCUGGACACGGAACUCUACAAGGAGGACAAGGACAGUCUGAGGAGACAAGUUCCCACCACUACAGUGCACACUCUCUUAUUGUGUCUGGAUAAAAGUCUGGUCAACCUGCAGGCAAAGGGAAACAACGAGAGCUAUCAAGAACGGCUCUGUCGACUCGAGGGAGAUAAGGAAUCGCUUGUGCUACAGGUGAGUGUGUUGACAGACCAGGUAGAGGCUCAAGGAGAGAAGAUCAGAGACCUGGAGAAUUCCCUCGAGGAGCACCAGCACAAGCUAAACUCCACAGGAGAAAUGCUGCAACAGGAGCUACUGAGCAGGACUGCGCUCGAGUCGCAGAAACUAGAUCGGAUGGAUGAGGUUUCCUAUCUGAAACUGAAGCUGGUGAGCAUGGAGGAGAGGCAGAAUCACAGCGCAGAGAGACAACACAAAGCGGAGAGCGUAGUGAAUCUGAUUAGCGAGCUCCAGGAGCAGAUGUGUAGGAUUCAGCAAGAGCUUUGUUGUAAGGUCCAGGAGAAAAAAGCUGCAGAGAUCCAGGAGGACGAAGGCGCCGGUACUGACGCUUCGCUGAACGAAUCAGGCGAGGCUGAAGAAACGUCUGCGGAGGAGCAGAGCUCUGGAGACUUAGGCGCUGAGGAGCUCUGUCACUGUGGGAGAGAAAGUAGCUUGCUCCAGGAACUGAGGUUCCUCAAAAAUAAAGUGGAGGAUCUUGAGGAUGAAAAGUCGCAGUACGAGAGAAAACUGAAGGCUACAAAGGCAGAAAUCUCGGGCCUACAGCACCUCCUGCAGUGUAAGAAUACAGAGAUCGAGAACCUUCAGUCGCAGCUUCUCUCCAGAUCUCCCAUGUCUAUUGACAGUUCAGAGAGAGAGGAGUUAUACAGGAGAAGGCUCAACACCAAACAUCAAGAGCUUCUAAAAUUAAAAGCCGGAAUGGAAUUAUUAAUUGCAGCCAAUGAUGAAAAGGAUCGGCGUAUAGAGGAGCUUUCUCUUCUCCUGAGCCAGUGCAGACAAUUUCGAGAUGGCAAGGCCAUGUUUCAACAGACGCCAGCACCACAGGCCGGCAGUGAGGAAGACGAGCUAAGUGCAGCAGUGAAGACAAAAGCUCUCACUAUUAAAGCUCAUUCAGAGAUGACGUCCGGAGCGUCCUCUCCGCUUCUUGCAUGCAAAAAACCUGAUCAGAAGGAAACAGAAUCCCGGUCGCAGCUGAGAAAUCCGUCCAGCAGCCAGGAAGAUCUGAAAAGUGAAGCAACACAAAAGCCCAUGAUCGGGACUCCUGUAGAGCCUGCUUGCUCAGACGAGGGUUCUCAGUGCAAACCGGAGAACGGGACGUGUAUCCUGAUAGACGGUAAUAAAAGCGACGGCUCAGAGCCGAGGUCUCAAGAAGGCAGCCAGGACGAAGACAUUAACCUGAAAAAGGCAGAGAGAACGGAAAACCCGAGCGCUCGCGAUGCUUCACCCACGUCGUCUGGUGUGGAUUCAGGAGAACAUUCCCCUGUCUCACAGGAAAACAUGAAGAACAACAAGAGCAUACGCAAACUCUGGGGGAAGAUCAGGAGGACGCAGCCGGGGGGUCUGGGGCCAGGCGAUGAUCUGGAGCCCACUGAGUUUAGGAGAGGAGGAUUUAGAGCCACAGCUGGACCACGACUGGCUCGAACCCCUGAUUCGGCCCGCUCAGUCCGAGACAUGACGGUCCCGUUCUCCAACUGGACCACGGAGCAGGUGUGUGGUUGGCUGGAGGACUACGGACUCGGUCAGUACGUCAACUUGGCACGUCAGUGGGUGAUCAGUGGGCAGACCCUCCUUUCCGCCACGCUGCAGGAAUUUGAGAAGGAGAUGGGCAUCAAACAUCCGCUGCACAGAAAGAAACUGCAGUUGGCUCUCAAGUCGUUCAACAACAAGGCGAUGGAGAAAUCCUCCGAGCUCGAUCACAUCUGGGUCACACGCUGGCUGGAUGACAUCGGCUUACCUCAGUAUAAGGACCAGUUCCAUGAGAGCAGAGUGGACGGCAGGGUGCUCCAGUAUCUCACAGUGAACGACCUUCUGUUCCUGAAGGUCACCAGUCAGCUCCAUCAUCUGAGCAUCAAGUGUGCCAUCCACGUCCUCCACGUCAACAAGUUCAACCCACACUGCCUGAGGCGCAGACCAGGAGACGAGAAUAAAACCUCUCCGUCUGAAGUGGUGCAGUGGUCCAAUCACCGCGUGAUGGAGUGGCUCCGCUCAGUGGACUUGGCUGAAUACGCUCCUAAUCUCAGAGGCAGCGGCGUGCACGGAGGCCUCAUAAUCCUGGAGCCUCGGUUUACCUCCGAGACGUUGGCCAUGUUACUGAACAUCCCUCCUCAGAAAACCCUGCUCAGGCGGCAUUUAACCACCAACUUCAACGGUCUGGUGGGAGCCCAGGCUCAGCAGGAGAAACACGAGUACGCCAACGCCAGCGGGCACACGCCACUCACCACCACCGCUAAAGUCCGGCCAAAGAAGCUCAGCUUCACAAACUUCAGCCACCUGAGGAAGAGGAGGCCUGAUGAUUCAGCGGACUAUAUUUGCCCAGUAGAAAUGGGAAACUCGCCGGUUUUGAACGGGACGGCCCACCAGCUCUAGCGAAGGUUCGGGGCUUAUCUAGCUUCCAGCUUCUCCUGGACUCGGAUAGACUGGAUCAGAAGGAGAUCAAGUGAUCAUCAAAUCUCUUACUGUGAUCGGUUUGUUCAUCUUCUUCACUCGGAUGGACAGCACAGCUGUAACCUCGCCCGGACUGGAGGAUUCCCGCUCAUUCAUCUGGACGUUAUUUGGUUAUAAGCUCUUUUUUUUUUUUUUUUUUUUUUUUUGUUCCAUGCUGGUGUAAUGAUUCAUCGACUCGCCUACAAGUCUGAAUCAUCAAUGCUAAAUGCUUUACAUAUUAAAUAAACUAGUCAAUUAAUGUUU